AUGCAAGUUCCAGAUUUAGCUGAAAAAAAAUUGAUAUUUUUUCAAGAUUAUGUCACAAUGGGGAUAAUUAUUAUUGAUUUUCUUCAAUUUAUAGGGAUGGGCCCCGAUAUCAGGGGUUAUGAUGAAGUUUCAAGCCUUCUAGCUGACUAUGCAACUAUAAACUACUCGUGGCUUACAAGAGGAGAAACUUUUUGGAUUUUUGUGUAUUCAUCACUUGCAGCAGUUUUGGUUUGGGUCUAUUUCAGUGUAUAUACGAUUUUUGAAUUUCGAAAUUUUGAUAAUUUUUUAUGCAAUUUCAGUAGGAAUUUUGCAGAAUUUGCAUUGCCAUUUAUAGGGAAUGCUUGCUUUUUACCGAUAAUUUCGAUACUUUUGAGUGUUUUUCAAUGUGAUCAAGCAAUAGGGGAAGAUUUGUCACAAUCUUUUGUAAGAAAUGACUGCACUGUUUUUUGCUGGAAAGAAUUGCAUAUAUUUUGGGCGUUUUUAUCGAUUUUCGCAUUAUUAAUUUAUAUUCCAUUGGCUAUUUAUUUUAGACUGAAUUGGGAAAAUCAAAAUAGUGGAAUCAAUAUAAAAUCAAGGCCAUGUAUAUGAUGCUAA